ACCUCACGGCCGUUUUACAUCGUUUCUUCUUCCGAGUUCUGAUCAAGUUCCAACCCUAGGAGCGGCUUCCCCCCCGGCGCGGCACGGCCUCUCUCUCAAAACCCCACACGCGACCGCACGGCCCCUCUUAGAAUCCCACCGCUCGGCCUAUCUCUCUCUUCUGCAAUCUGGUCACUAUCAUGUUUUUGUCAAGAAUUUUUGGGAGAACUCUAUUUGCUGCAGCUAAAUCAGAAACAUCUGCUGCAACAGCUGCAGCUGCGUCUGCGGCUAGGAACCCUCUGGAAGAGUUCUUUGAGGCAGAUAGAAGCGUAGAUGACGACAAACCUGUUGUCUAUGGUCGAAGUUGGAAGGCUUCUGAACUGCGACUGAAGUCAUGGGACGAUCUUCAUAAGCUAUGGUAUGUUUUAUUAAAGGAGAAAAACAUGCUAAUGACUCAACGCCAGAUGCUUCAUGCGCAGAAUCUACGGUUUCCUAAUCCUGAGCGCGUUCCCAAGAAUAUUCCGUUGUUAAAAUGGAACCCAAGCUAUAGCUCUGCACAUAUUAGAGGCCAACCCGGAUGCCAUAGGGGCCAGAGGCUGGGAGCCAUUUGACUUAUUGGUGCACUAGUGAGGAAGUCAAUGUGCCGUAUCAAGCAAGUCCUCACUGAGAGAGCGAUUGAAGACCCAGAUCCCAGGAGAUCUGCUGAGAUGAAGAGAAUGAUAAAUGCUCUGUGAUGACUUCUAAGGAUGUUUUGUUCUCAGAACAGUGUGUUAAUGAUGUUGACUGCUAUACGGCCUUAUUUUUCCUGUAAGUCUGCAGCUUCUGGUGAUUUAGUUGAGUAUCACUGUUGUGGAGAAAACGGACAAAGUUCAAUAUACAUGGGAAUUUACAUAU